UUUAUUGUUACUAAAUAAAUAUUUUGGAACUUAACCACGACAGUAGAGCAUAUAGAUUUCUUGCACCAAAUAUUGGUGCUACAGCUAUCUGUUAGCGCCAUCGCCGUUCCUAUCCACAGACAGGGAUGCUUUUUCUUUUGAUUUGAGGCUUCGUAAUUUUGUAACCAAACAGAAAUAGAGGACGUGGCGUUUUGAUGGAAAAAAGCAAGAGUCUGAAUUUGGCAAAUCUAGUGCAACACUGCAUCACUAACAAAGCUCAUUUAUCCGGCAAGGUUGUUCACGCUCGACUCUUCCGUCUCGCCCUUUUCUCCGACACCUUUCUCUCCAACCACUUCAUCGAACUCUAUUCCAAAUGCGACCACAUUGCCUCUGCCUGCCACGUGUUCGACAACAUUCCUCACAAAAACAUCUUUUCCUGGAACGCCAUUUUGGCCGCUUAUUGCAAAGCCCGCAAUUUGCAAUACGCGUGCCGUCUCUUCCUGCAAAUGCCUCAGAGGAACACCGUCUCACUAAACACCUUGAUCAGCACCAUGGUACGAUGUGGUUAUGAACGCCAGGCAUUGGAUACCUACGAUUCAGUGAUGCUCGAUGGAGUUAUACCCUCUCAUAUAACAUUCGCUACCGUUUUUAGUGCUUGUGGUUCUUUGUUGGAUGCAGACUGUGGCAGGAGAACUCAUGGGGUUGUGAUCAAGGUUGGUCUUGAAAGUAAUAUAUAUGUCGUUAAUGCUCUUUUGUGCAUGUAUGCUAAGUGCGGGCUUAAUGCAGAUGCGCUUCGUGUUUUUAGGGACAUUCCUGAGCCUAAUGAGGUUACUUUUACUACCAUGAUGGGUGGAUUAGCACAGACUAAUCAAAUCAAGGAAGCUGCUGAAUUGUUUCGACUCAUGUUGAGAAAAGGGAUUCGUGUUGAUUCUGUGUCAUUGUCCAGCAUGUUGGGUGUCUGUGCUAAAGGGGAAAGGGAUGUUGGUCUCUGUCAUGGGAUCUCAACUAAUGCACAAGGAAAACAAAUGCACACACUAUCAGUUAAACUGGGAUUUGAGAGAGACCUCCAUCUCUGCAACUCGUUGCUUGAUAUGUAUGCGAAAAUCGGUGACAUGGAUAGUGCUGAGAAGGUUUUUGUUAAUUUGAAUCGGCACAGUGUUGUUUCUUGGAAUAUAAUGAUAGCUGGGUAUGGGAACAGAUGUAACAGUGAGAAAGCUGCAGAGUAUCUUCAGAGAAUGCAGUCUGAUGGAUAUGAACCAGAUGAUGUUACUUAUAUUAACAUGCUGACAGCGUGUGUCAAGUCCGGGGAUGUUAGAACCGGGCGUCAAAUAUUUGACUGCAUGUCAUGCCCUAGUUUGACUUCGUGGAAUGCUAUACUCUCUGGCUAUAAUCAGAAUGCGGAUCAUAGAGAGGCAGUAGAACUGUUUAGAAAAAUGCAGUUUCAGUGCCAACAUCCUGAUCGGACUACUUUGGCCAUUAUUCUCAGUUCAUGUGCUGAGUUGGGAUUUCUUGAGGCUGGAAAAGAGGUUCAUGCAGCAUCUCAAAAAUUUGGAUUCUAUGAUGAUGUCUAUGUUGCCAGCAGCCUUAUUAAUGUGUACUCGAAAUGUGGGAAAAUGGAGUUGUCUAAGCAUGUGUUCAGUAAACUGCCUGAACUAGAUGUUGUGUGUUGGAACUCAAUGUUAGCAGGGUUCUCAAUCAAUUCUCUUGGACAAGAUGCCUUGUCUUUCUUCAAAAAGAUGCGACAACUUGGCUUCUUCCCUUCUGAGUUUUCUUUUGCUACCGUAGUGAGCUCUUGUGCAAAACUUUCUUCCUUAUUUCAAGGUCAACAGUUUCAUGCUCAGAUCGUAAAAGAUGGUUUUCUAGAUGACAUAUUUGUGGGGAGUUCUCUUAUAGAAAUGUAUUGUAAAUGUGGGGAUGUAAACGGGGCAAGAUGUUUCUUUGACGUGAUGCCUGGUAGAAAUACUGUUACGUGGAAUGAAAUGAUACAUGGUUAUGCACAGAAUGGGGAUGGUCACAAUGCUCUGUGCCUUUAUAAUGACAUGAUUUCAUCUGGUGAGAAACCUGAUGAUAUUACUUAUGUUGCUGUUUUAACUGCUUGUAGCCACUCGGCUUUGGUAGAUGAAGGACUUGAAAUAUUCAAUGCCAUGCUGCAAAAAUAUGGAGUGGUGCCAAAGGUGGCUCAUUAUACUUGCAUCAUAGAUUGUCUGAGCCGAGCAGGGAGAUUCAAUGAAGUGGAAGUCAUUCUGGAUGCCAUGCCAUGUAAAGAUGAUGCAGUUGUAUGGGAAGUUGUGCUAAGCUCAUGCCGUAUUCAUGCUAACUUGAGCUUAGCAAAAAGAGCAGCUGAGGAACUCUAUCGACUGGACCCACAGAAUUCAGCCUCUUAUGUGCUUCUUGCCAACAUGUAUUCUUCUUUGGGAAAGUGGGAUGAUGCACGUGUUGUAAGAGAUCUCAUGAGUCAUAAUCAGGUCCGUAAGGAUCCUGGUUAUAGCCGGAAUGAUACGCAAAUCAUUCUGGAAAACGAACAAUAAUCAUCUUUUUAUUGGUUGGCAAUGAAGGUCUCAUUAUUAUGUUAAACCACUUCUGCAGAGACCUAGAUAAUUUCUGCAAAAGGACUCUAGUUAUGGAUGGUUAGUUUCACUGUUCUUUAUAUUCUACUCAAAAUCGGUCAUUUAAAAUGGCCAAGAGUUCACUUCCGGGUGUUGCUAGGUGCACCCAGCAUUAUUGCUGGUGCACCCAACACUUAACAUGAAAAAGCAGAAAUACCCCUAUAUAUUUUUAAAAAUGUUUUUGUGCACCCAGCAACUCCCCAGCCUUUUCUUAUUCUGCCAUUUUGCUUCUUCUAUUCGUUCUUCCGUGCAUUCCCUUCUUCCGUGAGCCAUUUGGUCUUCUUCCGCGAACUGAGCAUCAAUCUUCCGCGACUUGCUUCUUUUUCUUCCGCGAGGUGACUGUUCUUCUUCCGCGAGUUGCGUCUUCGUUCCCUGUGAGUGGUUCUCCUUCUUCCAUUCUUCCGCGAGCUUCCGUUGUUUCGUUCUUCAUUAAGGAAAGCCUAUUGUCCCUUCCGUUGUACCCUGCGAGUGUCGUUUUGCUUCCAUUGUUCCUUGUUUAGUGCAGUUGGUAGGGAUGUAGUUGAUCCGCUUUGGGAUUUAGGUUGAUCCGCAAUAGGAUAGAUGAAGUAACGGAUCAACCUAUUCUGCUUGCGGAUCAAGUUUAUCCAUACGAAACUUGCAGAUCAAGUUUAGGGUUUAGGGUUACUUUUGAAGCUUUUAGCCUGAAGUAUGAUAUUGUAUAAUGGUUGUUUAAGAUAUUGUUUUGAAAUUUGGUUUUGAGGUUUUUUGGUUUGUAUUGUAUAAUGUAUGAAAGUAUAAUGUUUGUUUAAGAUAUUUUGGUUGGUGUGAAUUUAUA